GUACCGUAACCCCUUUGGCCGGAUGGGGCUAUCCUCCCCGCUGCUGCUGAUGUCAGACACGCUCGCUCUCCCACUUAGCUCGGGCAGGAGCUUACUGCAGGCUGCAGAGGGGACUCUCCAACCCAAGUCCAGGUGGAUACAAACUCCCAGGAACGCACCGAGCCCCGGAAAGAGAGAAGGGGGGAGGGGGAGGCGUGGAAAAAAAAGGCAGUUCCUUCCCGCCCUCCCCUUCUCCAGAAACAGAGGUUGGGGGAACCUAGAAGCAAAGCAAUGCUGAGCGAGGAUUGUUCCUUCUUUCUACCCCAGCUUUAGCUAAACCGGGAGUUGCCUGGGGCGGGGAGGGGAAGGGGGGAGGACGGGACUGAAUAUCUUGUUUACCGCCCGAAGAGGAAAAUAUAUCGCGCCUUUGUCUGGUGAAGUCAGCAUCUCUCUUCUCUCUUCAGCUGCAAUGGGCUCCUGGUGACAUUAACAUUUGGGAAGACUGGAAAAAGGGUGGGGGGCGGGAGGCGGUGGAUUGGUGGAUUUCGUUUUUGGAGGGGAAGGGGGGGAGCUUUGUGCAUUAAUUUAAAUUCGAAAAUUUUGUAUUUCCUUCCCCCUCCUUCCCCGGUGUUUGGCAGGUCUCGAUCUCAAUCACCCCCUUUUACAGCCCGGGCAGCUAAUCCUGUGCUAUUUCGAGCGGGUCUCCCUCCCUUUGUGAUUUUGGCCACAUCGCGGUGUGAGGAGGGUGAGGGGGAGAAUCUCUUAGAGGGGGAAAAAGGGAGGGGGAAACCCACGAACCCAAACCUUGACUUGCUCUCAGCGUGAGGAGGAAGGAAGCAGAAGCAGCAGCAAUAGCGGCAAGCAGCAGUAGCAGCUCCGAACGGUCUGGAGGUGUUGUUUUCGGCUCUGGGCAGCGCUUGGGUGUCUUAUGCUGGCACUCGGUCUCGCCCGUGUUUAAGAAAGCUGGUUUUGCCUGGGGGGCUGCCCCCCCCAGUGCCCACUUCGGGGGGCCUGCCUAGCCUAGGAGAGGGUGCAGAUAGAACUCGAACUCGCUCGCCCGGCCGUCCCUUCUGAGGCUCGCUGCUCUGCACCAACCCCCGGGACAGCAGGAAUAUGCUCUUGAAGGAGUACCGGAUAUGCAUGCCUCUGACCGUGGACGAGUACAAGAUAGGACAACUGUACAUGAUCAGCAAACAUAGCCAUGAGCAGAGUGACCGCGGAGAAGGAGUGGAGGUUGUCCAGAAUGAACCUUUUGAAGAUCCUAACCAUGGCAAUGGGCAGUUCACAGAAAAGCGGGUGUAUCUCAACAGCAAAUUGCCUAGCUGGGCUAGAGCUGUUGUUCCCAAGAUAUUUUAUGUAACAGAGAAGGCUUGGAACUAUUACCCUUACACAAUUACAGAAUACACAUGCUCAUUUUUGCCAAAAUUCUCCAUCCAUAUAGAGACCAAGUAUGAGGACAACAAAGGAAGCAACAAUAGCAUUUUUGACAAUGAAGCCAAAGAUGUAGAACGAGAAGUUUGUUUUAUUGAUAUUGCCUGUGAUGAAAUCCCUGAGCGCUACUAUAAGGAAUCUGAGGAUCCUAAACAUUUUAAAUCAGAGAAAACAGGGAGAGGACAUUUAAGGGAAGGCUGGAGAGAUAGUCACCAACCAAUCAUGUGUUCCUACAAAUUGGUGACUGUGAAAUUCGAAGUCUGGGGACUUCAGACCAGAGUAGAGCAAUUUGUACACAAGGUGGUCCGAGAUAUUCUGCUGAUUGGGCAUAGACAGGCUUUUGCAUGGGUUGACGAGUGGUAUGACAUGACAAUGGAUGAAGUCCGAGAGUUUGAAAGAGCAACUCAGGAAGCUACCAACAAGAAAAUUGGAGUUUUCCCACCUUCAAUUUCUAUCUCCAGCAUUUCCCUGCUGCCUUCUGCAAUCCGCACUGCUCCUUCUAGUGCUCCAUCUACACCUCUCUCCACAGACCCUCCCGAAUUCUUGGCAGUUCCCAAAGAUCGACCUCGAAAAAAAUCUGCCCCAGAAACUCUCACCCUUCCAGACCCUGAGAAAAAAUCUACACUAGAUUUACCUGGUGUACAUUCUUCAGACAAGCCAUGUCAGCCCCAAGAGUAAUAAUGAAUAAAAUUUCAUGGUUUUUUGGGUUUUUAUUUUCUUUCUUGGUGGGGUUUUGUUGGUUUUAUUUUGGGAUUUUAUGUUUGUUUUUUAGGGUUCUUCUGAUAGAGAAAAACUACUUUGUUACUCAGACUUGUUUCUUCAGAUCUCUCAAAAAGCAUGCAUGUGAUUAUGUAAUUCCAUAUAUAAUCUGAAUUCUAAAGUACACCAUACAGCAUUCAUAGUACAUGUCAGGAAAUAGUCUGAAGAUAAAUUGCAAAGGAUAAAAGGAAGCUUCUGUUUUAAUAAUUAUAAGCCAGGAAAUAGACUCUGAUGUUAAUAUGUGAUUAAAUUGGUAAGGAUUCCAAGGAUAAAUAAAUGAAUAUUCAGUGAAAAGGACAAAAGUCCAUCUUCUUCCCAUUAAACCUGAAUUUCUAAAAAAUAUAUAUUGAAUAGUCUCAGGCUUGACAUACUUAAUUGUUAAACUUUGAACUGAUUAUCACCAAUACUUGAACACCCAUAGUGAUUGUUCAGAUUCAUAUUUUGUUUAAUCUGACUCAGGAUUUGGGGCCUACUUAAUUCUUUAAACUUAAAAAAAAAAAAAAAAAAAAAAAAAAAAAAAAAAGGAUUAACAUACCAAGGCUCCAAGUGCAAUUAUUGAUAAUUGACUUUAUGGCCAUUAAUUCUAUUUAUACCUUACACAGAAUUUGUAAUGAAAAAUAUUCCACUUGUUUCUACCUUUUAAUAACUUUCCCUUCUGCUCUCUUAUGGCCUCCACCUCUAACUAUUGCUUGAAUGAGAGAACCCUUAACAGACUGCAUGAUUUAGGAAUUAGAAGGCUUCAGUGAAACAAACCUAUGUAUCUCUAAAAUUUCUAUCUGCUAACUUUUGGACUCUAGUUACCCCCUGACAAUGUCAGAAUUUCAUAUUAGUAGAAUGGAAUUGAUAUGGAUUGUGUCAAUAGGGUUUUAUCAGAAAUUUAGAGGGUAAUAUAUCAAUAAAGUCCCAUAAGAGAAUCCUAAAAAACACCUUUUGGAGGGUUAUUUUCUGCCUCCCAUUUUGUUCUAUUGUGGGUUCUUGAUAAUAGCUAAUCUUCCCUGAGACCUCUUCUCCAUUCCUGAACCUUAUAAAACUAUCAUUCUCAGUAUUUUUCCUUGAGGUCAUAAAUGACAUGUCACUGGAGCCAAGUGGAACAGCAAGAGAAAAGUAGGGGAGAAUGUUUUCUGUUAUUACUGACAGGAUAGAAGGCAUGGAUGGAAUCACUGACCCCCUACUUGCAAAUUAAAGAGUAGAAACAAAUAAGGUUAUAUCUGUAAAGUACUUAGCACAGUGCCUAAUACAUAGUAGGUGCUUAAUAAAUGCUCUAUAUCUCCCCCUCUUUCCCUAGAAAUAAAAAUAGAUGAGAUUUUGCCAAAUUUUCCUUGAUUAAAGUCAGGUGGGGCUAGAAUUGAACUAGAAGUAUAAGCACUAAGGGAAGAUAGCAAGAGAAUUCGAAUGAAUCACUGGACCCAAUCUAUUUGAUUUCACACCUCACUGCCUUGAAACUCAGGAGAAAAAAAAAAGAGAAUCUCAGAAUUUAUACUUAACCUCUAAAUGAGGGUGAUCCAAAAGAUCCCCAGGCAACACCCCAAUUAUGAUCUUUUUAGCUCAGGAAAGGGGCCUUCCCCCAGACCAGGACUUCCCAGACAAAAAGACUAAGGGAAGGUAUUGUAAUUAACCUUAUCUAAAGUCCAGGCCUUUUCCCUUCUGUCACUUAUCCACAAUAUUCAACUAGUCUCUUGCUGAUAGUUACAUCCUUAUAAUAUACAGUUGUUACUUCCAGAUGCAAAUUAAUGUUAGAUUCAUUUCUUUAACUAUUGAUUGAAAGAAAGUAGAGCAAAAUGCACUAACCUUCCAGUUAGUUUAAAGAAUUAAACAGUUGUGAAUAGUUUUAGUUGCUGAAUCAUCUUUUCCCUGAGAGUGAUGAUGUUUAUAAUAAAGCAUCUUCCUAGCAUGGUACAGCCGCAUGAUAUUUGCUUGUGGAAAGUUUUCUUUCAAACCCCUAGAAAUUCUGAAUAUCUCCAUAGGAGGGGUGUGCUAGAGCCAGCUCAUACCUGCUCUAGCAAGUAUUGUUAAAUUGUUAAAUUUACAGAAAAUUUAAAGUAAAGAUUCAUUCACACCUCAGAAACCGUCAAGUACUACAAAUCAGGGCCUAGUUGAUCAUUUUGUUGUUUAGACUUUAAAAAAUUAAUAAUGCUGAUUAAAAUUAAAAGCAUAAAAAAGUUUGUUCCCAUACAUUCUUUUUUCCCCUGAGAGCUGAUGGUUAAAACAUUUACCAGCACACCCCUUGCAGAAGAUAAAAUAAAUGUCUGAAUCUGAUGAGUGUAAUUUUAGAAACGGGAACAUAAAAUCCAUUGGCAACAGAUAAUGAAAUGUUGAGUGUACUUGUUUACAAGCCAAAACCAGAGAGAGAUUGAAGGAGGGCAGAAAUAAAUUAUUCAAUAUGGGUUAGCAUGAAUUUAUUUCUUUUAUCUUGGUCAUACAUAUCUACUAUAUGUUUUUUUUUUUUUAUCAUAACCAUUGUCAAAUUUUACAAAACAGCCUUUGUUCUUGAGGUCAACAAUUCUGUGUGCUUUAGGAACCUAUGUUAAGGUUUUGUUUUGUUUUUUUUUCACAUGAUUUUUAUUUCUUCCAUAGCCAGAAAUCAAAUGUAAUGCUACCCUUAGGUAGUUUAAUACUUAACUGAUACAUUAAAUGUCUUCAAGUCUUCACACUUUUUUUUUCCCCUGUCUAGGAAUGGCACCUAUAUAUUAAAAAAGGGGAGAGGAAAUGCAAAUAUUCCUUUGGCUGCUUUGAAUAUAUAACCUAAAUCAUUACCAUGAGACAUAAAACAACUUCAAUAUUUUAUAUACCUAUGUCUUAAAAUGUGUCAUUUCACCAACUCCAUAAAUGAAUUUGCAAUAGGAUUUUGCUAUAUGCUAUAGGAUUGUGUGAUAUUAUAUAUAUAUAUACAUAUAUGUAAACAGUUGCAUUUCUCAUAAAAAUGAAAAUUAAAUGGCUGUAUGUUGGAAAUUUAGAAAGAAAAAGCAAGCAGUAGCUUGAAUUCACUAAGCAUGUUUGGGGAAAAAAAUAGGAUUCUUUACUCAGUGCCUCUGUAUACAAAAUAGUAAUCUUCAGCUUUUUCACCAAAAUUGUAUGAUACAUGUAUAUAGAGAGAGUAUACCAAAUCCCACACUACCGGUUUUAAGUCACUAAUAGCUGAACUAAAGUAAAAGAUCCAUGAUUAAAGCACAUUCAUUUACCCUUUCUUCUUCCCUGAUGCUGGUGAAGAUCAUGAAAAUGUCAUUUAACCUCCCUUUUUGGGUCAUCAUAGUAACACUUCCAAAUUUCCUAUCCAUUGUAAGUAUAAGCAUCUUACUGCUUACUUUGCUUUCCUAGGAAGACAUCUGUGUAUUUUUACAGCUAUCUCAUCAGCAGCCCCAAAUCCCAAUGCAUUUUUCUUUCAUUCAGAAAAUAGGGACAUCUCUUUUUUACUGAUCUCUUGAGAAAUGGAAUAAUGGUGACAGAAAUGUGGCCUGUGAAAGAAAACUGUUGGCUAUCACCACUUUCUUUAUGACCAAUACAGUGAUUCAAUUUCAUGUGCUUUUGAUGGUGUAUUAAUAUGGAAAAUCUUCUUUUGUGGUAUUAAGUCAAUUUGUGGGGGAACUAGUGAUUCACACAUUUAAUUAAAGUAUUCAUUAGCAACAUUUCAUGUGAAAUAUCACUCUAGCCAACAUGAUUGUUGAAGUUGGGGACUAAGAUUCAAAAUCCUAAUUCUCUGAUUUCCUUUUAAGAGAUUGCAAUUGAUUAAUAACACAAUUUAUUCAGAAACUCCCAGGAAUUUUUUUCCUGUUUAGUUAAAAGCUAAUUAUUUCAAUAUUUUAAUGAAGUUCAAAUUAAAUGAAGGAACUUCCUGUUUUUUUCAUACCCUAAUAUCAAUCAUGGUUCAGGUCACUAGCAUAUUGGUUUAGAAAACAACCAGAUAAUUUGAAUCAAAUCACAAAGCCCAUUAAAAAAGAGGAAUUACCUAAGAUCCGGAUUCAUUUUUAUAAUUUAUAGACCAGGUGGAGGAAACAGUAUCAUGCCUUUUGGAACAGAACAGUUCAGAUUUAAAGGAAAAAUAGCUGUCCAGUGAUGACAGUCUAGGAAGAAAAUAAAUGUUGGGGCCACUGGCACACACUCUGCUAAAACUAAACUGUAUCAGAUCACUCAUGCUAGGUUUGGGGGUUUUUGUUUUUCUUUUGUUUUAAGUUUGCAUUUAAAAUACAAAUGUAUGAGCUUUUAGGAUAUAGCAUAGUAAGAGAAAGUAAAUGUUAACUUUUCAGAUGCCAUUAUUAAAAUGUAAUUUCACUGUUUAUGUUAACAGAUGCUUUAUGCUAAACUCAAAUGUUUUUGCUUUAAAUGAAAAGCAUGUUUGUUGAAUUAUGUCUCCAGUUUGUGUAUAUUCCAAACAACAGAUUGGUUGCAGUUUUUCAAUUCUGAUGACAGCUCUAUGUAAAUUCAAAUGUCCUGUAAUAUCUGCUGUUUACAUUUUAGAUUUGGGGUUUUGAUUAAGUUAGUCAAUCCUACUGCCACUGCUGAAGGACCAAGUUGAGGAAUGCACAGUGUUACAAAAUACAAAGCAGAGUAAAUGAAUUUGAUUCCCACACCUAUGCCAUCCUUUUGUGUCAUCUUAUGACUGUUUUUAUGUUUUUUCCCCUAGUUAUUUAUUAUUGUUAAUAACUUACUUUUUCUUACAUUCUGUUGUAAAUAAACUACUAAGCAAUCUUC